AUGGCUGAACUGUGGAAGUUCAGAUCCCGCAUGCAGACGGAUGGUGAAACAAUAACCGAAUUCGUCACGGCGUUGCAGAGAGAAGCCAAAUACUGUAAAUUUCAAGACUACCUUCCAAAAGCAUUAAGGAACCAGCUAGUAUUCGGUCUUCGAAAUCAACGGAUCCGCACACGACUCUUUAAAGAGAAGGAUUUAACGUUCGACAAGGCUAAACAGAUUUCGCUAGCAAUGGAAGCGUCCGGCGAAGGAGCUGAGGUACUCAACCGUAGGAUGCACGAAGUAAACCUAAUGGACCGAAAGAAACGCAAGCGUCAACCAGUACAAAAUCCAGCGCAGCUCGGUGAUAACAAAGUAUCCAGUGCGACUGGCCCUGAGUGUUAUAGGUGCGGAAGUUUAGCACACCUGGCUAACGGUCUACCUACAUUGUCAGCACUUCGUAUGCAACAUUAUGCAGUAUAUCUUCAAUCAUUUAACUUUGAAAUUCGGUGUCGUCCUUCAAAGGAGCAUGCUAACGCCGACGGCAUGUCACGUCUUCCACUACCUGAUACAAGUGCAGAAAAACGUGUAGAAGAAAUUGAUGUAGUAGAAGUAAAUCAGAUCCAGAUGUUACCGCUAUCGGUAGAGGAACUGCAGGAACACGUUAGGAAGGAUGCCACAGUACAAAAUUUGAUUCAAGCGUUGAAGUCAGGUCGAUGUGUAGAUGGACGCGAUCGAUUUGGUGUCGACCAGAGUGAAUUUACUUUGCAGCGAGGAUGUUUGAUGCGAGGUAUUCGAGUCUAUAUCCCGGCACAGCUACGUGCUAGGGUAUUAGAGGAGUUACAUUUUGGUCAUUUUGGAGUAUCAAGGAUGAAGUCUCUUGCUAGGUCAUACUGCUGGUGGGAGACGAUCGAUCGGGACAUAACAGAUUUAGCUCGAGAUUGUACAAGCUGCGCCAGAACUAGGAACAAUCCUGCGAAAGCUCCGGUACACUGUUGGGAGCGACCACUAGAACCAUUCCAGCGCGUACACGCGGAUUUUGCUGGUCCUUUCAUGGGAGUAUAUUUUCUCAUAAUCGUAGAUGCUUAUAGUAAAUGGCCUGAGGUGAAAGCCAUUCCAGAUAUGACAACAGAAACAACCAUUGAUCGAAUGCUGGAGUUCUUCGCUACGUUUGGGCUGCCGUCAGUACUGGUUACAGAUCGAGGAACUCAGUUUAUGUCGGAGCUAUUUCAAACAUUUUUGAAGAAGAAUGGGAUCGUUCACAAGACCGGUGCGCCAUACCAUCCAGCCACGAACGGGCAAGCUGAACGAAACGUACAGACAUUCAAGGAUAAGAUAAAGACUCUCCAGUGUUCAAGACCACAGAUUCAGACGGAGUUGUAUAAUAUUCUGAUGGCAUAUAGACGAACAGUUCAUCCAGUAACCGGGAAAAGUCGUUCGAUGCUGGUGUUUGGAAGGCAGAUGAGAUCACGAAUCGAUUUGAUGAUACCUUCUGUAGAAGGUAAUUCGAAUUCUCGGGGUGAGGAAAAGGCGGUGCGAUCAUUUGAGAUUAACGACAGGGUUGUGGCAAGAGACUUUCUUUCGAAAUCGGAGAAGUGGAGAUUUGUUAUUGUUGCCGAGAGAAUGGGCAAAUUACAUUACAUGGUGGAGCUAGAUGACGGACGAAUGUGGAAGCGUCACAUCGAUCAACUACAACCUGGACCUGUAUCUCGUGCGUCACACACAGAUGGACUUCCGAAAAUGGAGACAGUGAUUCGAAAUACCAUAUCUUCAAUCCCCAAUCUGACCCCAAAUGUGAGCUCAUCUACGCUGAAUAAGCAACCUAGUUCACUCGAUCCAGUUGAUUCUCACACACCAAGGAAUACAGCUAGCCCUAAUAGCGAUACACAGAAUGAAAUAGCGUCAGGAACAAAAUCUAACAGAGUAGUAGAAAAUGGUAAUGAGUUUAGAAGACGAUCCAGUAGAAUGAGAAAGCCUCCCGUUAGUCUAGACCUCUGA